CGUGCUGCCUGUACUGCUCCAGCAGGCAGCUUUUCGCCAGACCCCCAGGCCUCGCUCCUGACAGUGCCCCCAAAGCUCGACAGACCCUGGUUUGAAAACUUCCCCUUGAGGGCAUUGUCUUUUCAGCUAUACUCACUUACCAGAGAUUUAAGAAUCCUAGCCAACUUCAGGGUCUGUAUUACAUCCGUUCUCAAUCUCUAGUUUGUAGUCGAAUAGAGGAAAUGGCCAAUUGGCAUUUUCUUCAUAGUUGCCAAGUUUUUCUGAUUGAGGAAUGAAGAGACAUUACAUGUACAAAACACAUUAAAAAGAAUUCAGGGCAAGUGUCCAGAGGAUGGCUGGGAUGAAAGUACACUGGAACUGUUUCUGAAUGAGCUUGCGAUCAUGGAUAGCAACAAUUUCUUGGGUAAUUGUGGUGUGGGAGAAAGGGAAGGGAGAGUGGCCUCUGCUUUGGUUGCUCGUCGUCAUUACAGGUUCAUCCAUGGAAUUGGACGAUCUGGUGAUAUUUCUGCUGUGCAACCAAAAGCUGCAGGCUCUAGCCUCUUGAACAAAAUUACCAAUUCUAUGAUGCUUAAUAUCAUAAAGCUGGCUGGUGUUCAUUCAGUGGCCAGUUGCUUUGUAGUUCCUAUGGCAACUGGGAUGAGUCUAACCUUGUGUUUCCUAACAUUACGACACAAAAGACCAAAGGCCAAGUAUAUUAUAUGGCCACGGAUAGACCAGAAGUCCUGCUUUAAGUCCAUGGUCACUGCAGGUUUUGAACCUGUGGUGAUAGAAAAUGUGUUGGAAGGCGACGAGCUGCGCACAAACCUGGCUGCAGUGGAGGCUAAGAUCCAGGAGCUCGGCCGUGACUCUGUUCUGUGCAUUCAUUCUACUACAUCCUGCUUUGCUCCAAGGGUACCUGAUAGAUUAGAAGAACUGGCUGUGAUUUGUGCUAAUUAUGACAUUCCGCAUGUAGUCAACAACGCUUAUGGAUUACAGUCUUCAAAGUGCAUGCAUCUCAUUCAGCAGGGGGCUCGGGUUGGUAGAAUCGACGUUUUCGUUCAGAGCUUGGACAAAAAUUUUAUGGUUCCAGUAGGUGGUGCUGUAAUUGCUGGCUUUAAUGAUGUCUUCAUUCAGGAAAUCAGCAAGAUGUAUCCAGGGAGAGCUUCAGCUUCGCCAUCCUUAGAUGUCCUUAUUACCUUGCUGUCACUUGGCUCCAGUGGCUACAAGAAGCUCUUAAAGGAAAGAAAGGAAAUGUUUGUCUAUUUAUCUAUCCAACUAAAGAAGUUGGCAGAGACCCAUAAAGAAAGACUACUGGAGACACCUCAUAACCCCAUAUCCUUAGCUAUGACACUUGAGACACUAGAUGGACACCAAGACAAAACUGUCACUCAGCUUGGCUCGAUGCUUUUUAUCAGACAGGUUUCUGGAGCCAGGGCUGUGCCUCUUGGGAGUGUGCAAACUGUGAGUGGCUACACUUUCCGAGGCUUCAUGACCCACACAGAUAAUUACCCCUGUCCUUACCUCAAUGCAGCAGCAGCCAUAGGGAUGAAGACACAGGAUGUGGACUUGUUCAUAAAGAGACUUGACAAGUGCUUAACCACAGUAAGAAAAGAAAAAAAUAAAGCAAGGGGUAUGUGUGAAGUAGAGGCUGACAAGAAAGCUGAAGAUGGCGUUGAAGAGGUGACUAGAAAACGAGGUAACGUGGAGGACAACAUGGACCAGCACUCUUCUUCAUGACACAGUUUAAAUGAUGCAAAGCUUUUGAAUUGAGAGUUUUAUAAGAAAUAUUCUGACUGGUCUGAGGGUAGCCAUUGGUGAUUGUUUUUGUUAUCCUUAGAAUGCCUUGGUCUUUAUGAUUUUUACAGAUUAUAACAUACAGUUGCAGUGAUCAUUUUCUGAUUGUUAUAUUAGUUAAGCAACACAAUCCAGAUGAUUAUUACUAAUAUAAACUGUAAAGAUACAUGUAAUUCUUACUGAAAUACAGAGUGCUUCUUCUUAGCUAUUCUCCAGCAUUCAAAGAUUUCUUUGGUUUCUGAUCACAGAGAAUUGAGAAAGAUCUGUUUCUAAUGCUGCUAAAUACUAGAUGUUUGUUUAGCUGUCGCUGUGCCCAUAGAAGGGACAUUUCCCAAAGAAGCAGAGCCAAGACACAAGCUUAAGAGCAGGUCUUUUCAACUGGAGUGGCUUGGUUGUAUAUAAGCGACAUGUAAAGACUCAAAGAGGGUGCUAGUGACAGUAAAUUGCAGAAACUGGCAGUUCUGCUCAAUAUCUUACCUGCUGCCUAACACAAGGUUUCCACAAAAGAAUUCUCCAAUCCAGAAUGUCAGUAGUUUAAAGAAGGGAGCUCCUCAGUAAAGAAGAGUUUCCGAAUUGCCUUAUAUAGCAGCUUGGCCAUAGUGAUGCCUGACAUUGCUAUUCAUGAUGGGCUUCAUGGAGGUCAGUGGUCCCAUGAAAUGCUGCACCUAGUGAUGUGAUGGAUAGCUUGGUUUGUUUAAGUGCGUCAUGCUGUUCACAUAUCUAUAAAAUCAGAUAAUUAUACAUUUUUAGACCAUAUUUUAGUGACAUGACUGCAAAAAUAAAAAAGAUAGCUCCGAAUGUUAUCAAGUCUACUUCAAAGAGACUUGAAUGACUAUUAUAAAUUGUUUUAUGUGGUACCUUCUUAUUUUUCUAUUUGGGCAACUGAAAACUUUAUUCUACAUACUAUCUUCCCUCUAAGCAGCUUUUGUGAACUGACUGGUUCACUCAGGUACUGUGCAUAGCCACCCUCAGGACUAGUUAAUAUGCCUGGUUUUGAACAUGUUCUUGCUAAGGAAGUCAAAAUGAUGCAGUGCUGCAAACCAUUGUGUUUACUUUCUGUGUGUGUGUGUGUGUGUGUGUGUGUGUGUGUGUGAAUGACUCUGAAAUUCUGGGCCCAGGUGUGUGUGUGUGUGUGUGUGUGUGUGUGUGUGUGUGUGUGUGUGUGUGUGAAUGACUCUGAAAUUCUGGGCCCAGGAGCUCUAACAGUGAUUUUUGUUGUAAUGUGUGUGUGUGUGUGUAUAUAUAUAUAGUUUAUUUGUGUAUAUAUUGUUUGUUUACUUGUAAUAUACACAUAUGAUAACAAAUAAACAAACAAACUAGAUGAGGGGAUUAGUGAGGCCUCUUGGAGACAACACCAUGCCAAAGCUAUGUUUCUCAGACCUGCUUUGUGGCCUGUCAUUCCAGCCAAGACAUACUCACAGGGAAAAGGGUUCAUAGAGAAAUCAUUUGAGGAAAUGCCUUUAUAAAUUUGCUCGUGGUAUAUUAAAUGCUGCAGGAGGAUCCUUUUUAGUAAAGAUUGGCCUGCUUUUCCAAAGAGGAGGCCAUUCUCUGAAGUGAAACUCUCACUGACUUCUCCUCGAACGUAUUCUCCCCACGGAAUGGGCUGGAUGUGCUGACCUCUUUUCAGUGAAGUAGGUGGCUAACAAAUGAAAACAGCAGCAGUGAGAAACAGUGAUGGUUUCUAUCUCUUGUGUUGGUUUGAGCUGUGUGGAAAGGAAGGGGUGUUCUUCCUUGUGUGUGACCUUGGAGGGUUGGUAAAGGUGAGAUCAAGCAGAUGCUGUUGGAGUGUGUAAGCUGGGCAGUGUGAGCUACUGGUGCACAUGCCUGUCAAGGCUGAGUAUAGCUAGGUGAUUCCUAACUGCACUCGCUCUGCCUUUGGGAGCCGGACACUACAGUGGCUCUUAGGUAGCUACAGUGACUCGUCACAUGGGAGUAAAUUUUGAAUUGAAAGUCUGUGCUCUUUUCUGUGUGGAUUUGGGACUGCUCUGUAGACCAGAAGAAGCCCCAGAAGCCCCGUCUCCGAGGAGCCCACAAGCGUCAGAUGAUGCCGCCAAUGGAAGUGCUGGCAGUGCAGCUUCCUACGCAUCAGGCCAAAAUGAUUUUCUAGAACAAGUGAUCUAUAUUGUGCGAUCAUCAUUUGCUUAAGAAAGGCCAGAGUCCAGGAACUGAAGAUGCUUCCUCAUCUGCCGAGUAUCAGCAGUUCUUGGGCUUCAGCUGCUGAAUAGAUAAUAAUUGUAAUUGAAGGUAAAUCACAUGAACCCACAUGUGAAUGAUAGAUUUGGUAUGACAUUUUAUUCCUGGUGCAUACAAGCCACUGCAAUUUGGGUUAUUAACCCUUUCCUUUUUAAUUCCAAUUCUGUUCCUCCUGGCUUCAAGGUUGACCUAAGGUCAUAAAACUCAGUUUUUUAAAAGGAUAAAAUAGUUCUUUGUCAUCAGGCUUGCCUUCUCCCCAACCCUGUAAAAUUUACUUAAUUCCCUCUCAUGCUGACAUACACGUGCUAAAAGAACUGUACCUCUUUGCUGAAGCACUUUGGUCUGUUUCAUUAUUUGCCUCUGUUACUCUCAGGCUGUGUUGUGGAAGACACAUUCCAGGCAUUGCCUAAGACACUGCUAUUGUGUUUGUGGCACAACUCCUCUUAUUAAUAAGGCCAUAAGGUAGAAAUUUGGAGAUUGGUUUUUUAAAAGUCACUGGGCUGGAGUAGUCUGCCUAGAGAAGAAAACUGAGUCAUGGAAUGUGUGUUCACUAAUGCAUCUUACUCACACGGCAGGGAAAAUGUUAAGUUGACCCAGGUCUCUGCUGAUGUGUCCUCACUGUCAGGGAAAUAUGUGACAGCAGCCUUGUGAUCCAGCGUGAACUGUGAAUCUUCCUAUUGGCUUAUGGUGAUAGUUGAAUAAGUUAUACAAGAGGAGUUAUGUAAUGCAGUUCUGUUCCGCCUAUAGGCCCUUGGUGUACAAACGGUAAAUUGAAAUACGAUUUAAAUGAAUUUUUUUCUACUGUCUUGAUCCAGCAAAUAAUUAUUCACUGAUUCUCUUUCUUUAACCUCAGGACAGAAGAACGGUCACUGAGGCCCUAGCUAUAGAAUAUGUUUAUGCCAAUAGCGUCUGUAGGUGUUAGUGGAGUUUAUGCAAAUGCAUUUGUGUUUUAAACUGGUAAUAAUAUUGAAUAUGUGACCUCAUCCUGACAAAUUCAGUUUUGAGUCUUUUCACUGAAGUAGGCAACCAACAAUUGAAACCACAGCAGUGAAAAACAAUGAUCGAUCUCAUUCAUACUGUUCUCAGAGGAAAAUUUAAAAUAACAUACACAUUUGGUACAUAUAAAAAUUAAAUUUGCUUUGCCUCAUAAUCUUAAGAUGCACUGAUUUCUGCCAAGUAUUUAUAUACACCAAAGUUGGUUAAUUUCAGAAAUUUCAUAGCUUCUGAAUAAUUUGAUAAGAACCAAUUGGCCACGCUAGUAACAGAAGUGUGUGUAUGUGUGCAUAUGCGUGUGUGUGUGCUUUUGUGUGGGUGGAGGUGGGGAUCUUCAGACAGACUUGCUUGUCUCUGUUGCUUCUGCUCUCUGGCCAGCCUUAGUCUGCAGGUCUGACUUACUGCCUCCUUUAUGCCUUACAUUUUACUUUUAUUUUAGCCUCAUGGUCUGUGUGCCAAAAGGUGAUGGUUUUACAGAUAAUGAAUAUUAACUUAUUACCAGAUAAUAUUAACAGUUCAAGCUAAGGCCUUAGACACAGCCAGGUUGUGUUAAAUCCAGUGGUGCAAAUAAGAGCUUUUGGGAAAAGGUAAAAGAAGACUAAGUUUAACUGUAACUGAGGGGGAUUUGAUCAACUUGCUCACCUGUAUAUUACUAAAAGGGAUAAAGACUUCCAGAAAUACUUUUGGUAUAGAAUGUUUAAAGAUAAAAACAAAUUGUAUAAUUUAUUACAUGAAAUAAAUUUUUAAUAAAUCA